AUGUCCUCGGUCGACCUGCAGGGCGGGGCGCGGCAGUCGGACUUCGUGAUGGAGCACAAAGUCAGUAAACUCAACUUUGGCUUCCAGCGCAGCUCCACCUCAGACGACGACUCCGGCUGCGCUCUGGAGGAGUACGCCUGGGUCCCUCCUGGACUCCGCCCGGAGCAGCCAGGUGCUAACUACUCUGCCACUGUGCCCGCAUAG